AUGCAGGCCAUUACCAAUAACAUCCAAUUCCAUGGCCGCGAGGACGAGGAUGCACCGGCCCAUAUAAACCGGUUCUCUCAUAUCCUUGCUACUUUUAGCCUUCACGGUGCCCCUAAUGAUGCUACUUACUUGCAGCUUCUCCAAUUUUCAUUAGCCGGCCGUGCGGCUACUUGGUUGGACUCUCAACCAACCGGUACCUUUACCACAUGGGCGGGGUUUCGUCAAGCCUUUUUGAACAAGUACUUCCCGCCCGCUAAAGCCUCACGUCUUAGAGACCAAAUCCACUCCUUCCGCAUGGAGCCCGACGAGCCUUACUACCUUGCUUGGGAGCGUUUCCAAAACCUUUGUGCUCGUUGCUCCCAGCAUGGUCUUUCCGAUUGGGCUUUAUGUGAGAAAUUUUAUAACAGUCUCACCCAAGAGACUCGUGAUCGUUUCGAUACUAAUGCGGGGGGGCAUAUGAUGGGUAUUCUUACUGUUGUUGAGUGUCUAGAGCGGUUUAAGGCAUUUGCGCAGUCUCAAUCGCAAUCGCAAGCCGAUCAGCGAUAUCAAAGUGGUAAUUCGAAUACCACUACUAGUGCACCCGCCCGAGGGGUGAAUCAUGUCACCAUGGAUCUUAGUUUAGCCGCUGUUUUGGAAAACAUGUCUAGGGAACUUAAGGAAAUUAAGGCUAAGGUAGACAAAUGUGAGUAUUGCCGAGGGGGUCACGACACGAGUGCGUGCCCAUUGCUAGUUGGUGAGGAGCAAGUUGAUUUUGUAGGAGGUUUUGGUAGAGGUCAACCUAGCGGGUUUGGUGGGCAGUUCAACAAGGGGUUCAAUGGGCAGGUCAAAUAUGGGGGGUCAAAUAAUCAGGGUCAAACAGGUCAAGGUUCAAGCUAUGAUUUAGGGGGUAGUCUAGAAAGGAUGGAGUCCAUGAUGAGUCAAUUAGUUGUUAGGGAUCAAACCACGCAAAAGACCCUUAGUGACCACGACCUCAUGCUUAAGAACCACCAAGCCUCUUUCCAAGACCUUCAAAGUGUCGUAGGAGAUAUGUCUAGGAAGCUAGAGGAGAGAUUACCCGGCCAGUUUGCAGGUAAUACCCAACCGAACCCUAAUGCUCAUGCUAAAGCCAUUACCACCCGUAUUGGUAAAACCGCAGGGAACCCUAGAGGUGAGGAGAGAGUGGUUGAUGAGGAUGGAGAUUUCAUAGAUGGAGGCCCUUUUGUGUUUCGUUGUAGUUAA